AUGGAUGCCCACGAGCCACUCCACCUCGCCCAGGCGGUCAAUGACAUGCCCUUCAUGGACGAGGACCUCAGCGACACCCAGCACUUCUUCCAGUCUCCGCCACCCGAGGACGAGGCCGACGCCCACCAUCAACAGCAACAGCACGACCUCCCAGAGGUCCCCGGCUCGGGGCUCGACGAGAACAGGCCUCUGACGCAGGAAGAGAUCAAUGCUGCGAUCAAACAGUCGAUUUUGAAGGCGCCGGAGCAUGUGAGGGACGAGAUGAAUCAUGAGAACAAUCUGGGCGACGGGUCAGAGCUCGUAACGUCAUCAGGUAUCGAGGCAGACGCCCAACACCAUGAACCUACACCCACUCUCAACUCUUCUAUUCCUACCGGACAUGAUUCCAACGACGUCUCUGUAUCCGGGCCAAGCGGGCUUGACCCCUUGGGCUCGGAACACAACCCCAUCUACAACCCCACUGUCUACAUGGCCCCGUUCUCCAAGCCUGAACGUAGCCAGGAGGAUACGCCUCAGCCGGCAUACUAUGUCUUUGACAAUAGACAAGCGUUUAACGCGUGGCUGGACGGCGAAGGGAGCUGGUGCCAUUUCGUGCAGAGGCGAAGUACGACUCCGGACAAGAGGUCUCAGGAGAGAUUGCAGACCAGGAUUGCCAAGCAUAACAAGAAGCUUGAAGGAAUGAGCGAAGAAGAACGUAAACUCGCACUUCCACUCAAGACUCGUCGACGUAACCGCGUCUCCCCUGUCGCCGAAAAGGUGACUUUUACCUGUCACCAUGCCGGUACCUACAAUUCUCAACACUCCUCAAACCUCCCCAAAGAGAAGCUGAGGAUGAACACCAAGAAGAGUGUCAAGUGUGCUUGUCCGAGUAGGAUUGUGUUGAGCGAGAUGCAAGCUGGAGAUUGCAGGGUGUGCUACCACUGGAAGCAUGAGGGGCAUGACCCAUUCACGGAAGGCGAUCUCGAUGGAGGAAGGAUGAAUAAGGCUAUCGAUGAGUGGAUGGUCGCUCGGAUCAACGAAGGCAAGACCCCAGAGGAGAUCCGCCGAUUGCUUGACAUGGACGAAGACGCAAAGAAAGCCUACCUCGACAAAGUAGCCGCCGACCCCUCCCAGAUUGAUCCCAACCUCCCGCCCCCUGUCGCCCUUGUUCGCGAGACCAAGUUCCGCUACUCCGAAAUCUACAAUCGCUUCCGCAAAUUGAAGGGACCUAUCAAAGAGACAAAGCAUCAAAAGGCUGCUACCGCUUCCGGCUCCAAGAAGGCGGGCAAGGGCAAACGCAAGGCUGGUGACCUGGACGCCAUCCCUUCGCCCACGCCUACUUCCGACGGCCCCGAGCUUCUGGGUGAUUCAUCCAAGCGAGCUCGUGUGGACGGGCCCGACCCCAAUAUGUUUAUCGACCCUUCCCUCCAAUCUCCCAAUUCCCUCGCCCGAGCGGAAGCGGCCGCAGAGCAUACCCAGACCGACGCGCUCGACGCCAUCUCCCACGCUGCCAAUGCUGUCGCAGACACCGACCAUCAUCAUCACCUCCACCACAUUCCCUCGCUCGACGAACAUGGUCAUGAGCACGGUCAUAGCCAUGGAGAGGGCGAUAAUGAAGAUGAGUACGCCUCCCUCGCCGCGCCUCAUGAGUCUCUUGCCCGCGCCCUACUUUCUCUCCCCGGCGCGGGCAACAGCUCGAACCAUCCCUCCACCAUGGGUACUGCUGCCACUGCCGCUGGCAAUGACAACCCCGAUGGCAACCUCCAUUCGACAGGUGCUGGCACUGGUAUCGGUGUUGACCUUGGACAUGGCCCAGCCUUGGGCCAUGGGCACGACGCACACCACCAUGGUCAGGCGCAGGGUCAGAAGGAUGAAGAUCUUGAGGCGAUGACUCUGGAAGAAGCUAUGAGCUUUGAAGAGGCGAUGAGGAGAUUGGCGGGUGAGGUUGCUGGUGUUGGUGAGGAAGGGGAAGGGGAAGGAGGGAUGGAGAUGGGAAUGGAGAUGUAA